UUUCAAUCGAAACCCACAGUUUCUGGUUAACUUAAUCUAUCGGUCUUAAAAUACUCUUGGAUCUUCCAGCUUCAAAUACAUCGUCUUUGAUACACACCAGAACUAUAUAUAUAUAAAAUCUCUCUUAGCAUCUUUGUUCUGUUUCCUAGCAGUGCUGCAACAGCAGCAGCAGCAGUAGCAGUAACAAAUUAGAAUGGCAUCAACAUUAGUGCAAAACACAGUUACCGCGGCACCAGAACAUGAAAGUUUUCAGAAUUUCUUCGAAAGUUGGAUUAGCGAACAAAAUCGUGACCUCCAAGAGUUAAUUUCUGCAUCACAAGCUCGAGAUGCUGAUCGAAAUAAUCAUCAUGAAGAAUCAUCCUCCAGAUCUCUACAAACAUGCAAGGUUGAGGCAGGAAAUCAAGAACAAGUAGUAGAAGAAAAUGUUGUGCGUCCUUUGAUUGACCGAGUCGUUCGUCAUUAUGAAAACUACUAUCGGAUAAAACACGAAUGGGUUCAAAAAGACGUUCUCUCCAUGUUGACUCCGAGUUGGAGAAGCUCACUUGAAGAAGCUUUUCUUUGGAUUGGUGGGUGGAGACCUAGUAUGGCAUUUCAUCUCUUAUACUCUAAAGCAGGAAUCCAGCUUGAAGCUCGACUAGCUGACAUAAUUCGUGGACUCAGUACGGGAGAUUUAGCUGAUUUAUCAGCGAGUCAACUAGCUAAUGUAGACGAGUUGCAUAGAAGAACUCUAAGAGAAGAGAAAGAACUAACGGAGAAGAUGGCUGAGCAUCAAGAAACGGUGGCUGACUCUUCCAUGGUUGAGUUAUCUCACGUGGUGACCGAGUUAAUAAGAAGCGGUGAGUCGAAUCAGAAUAAUGAUGAUGAACUUGAAGAUAGAAUUGAGUCGACUCUGGCACCUAAAGAAGCUGGGCUUGAGAAUAUUAUGGAAAAGGCUGACGAUCUUCGAGUAAGAACGCUCAAAGGUGUAAUUGACAUAUUAACUCCGUCGCAAGCCGUUGAUUUCCUGAUUGCUGCAGCUGAGCUGCAUUUGAGGCUUCAUGAUUGGGGUAAGAAGAAGGAUAUGAAUCAGAAUAACCAAGUUCAAGAUCCCCAAGGGACUCAUGACCACCAGUAUAUUGGGUCCCCAGUCGCAGCUACUGCUGGUGGUAGUGGUGAAGAACCAUAGCUUGAGGGAAGCGCCACCACGGAUGUGGAUGAGCGUAUCUAGUUUUUCUUUUCUUUGUGUUGUCUAUUAGCCUAAAUGCUUCCCUGCUAUCAGCGUUCUUACGUGCCCUGAGUGAGUAGCCUUCCUACGUUUUACAUUAUGUGUUAAUGCAAGGAAUAGCUAGUCAUACAAAAGCGUAAGAACGGUAAUAAAGGAGAGGGGUGCUGAAUCCUUCUCCUUAAGUAGCAGAGUAGGAGAUCGGUUUCUGAGAGUAGGGAAUAAUUUUGUACAUUACACGGGCCUGUAUGAACUCCAGUGUUUAUCUUUAGAUCAGAACUCUAAUGUAUAUGUAUAUUAUCCGCAUUGAUUUAACUUUCUCUUUUGAUUUAA